AUGACUAGAAAGAAGGUUAAGCUUGCUUAUAUCACUAACAACUCUGCAAGAAAAGCCACAUUCAAGAAAAGGAAGAAGGGGCUGAUGAAGAAAGUGAGUGAACUUAGCACUCUUUGCGAUGUCAAAGUGCCGUUACAUAAAGCCUGUACAAUCAUUUAUAGCCCUUAUGACUCGCAACCAGAUGUUUGGCCUUCCCCUCUCGGAGCCCAAAAUGUGCUUGCUGACUUUAAUAGGAUGCCCGAGAUGGAGCAGAGCAAGAAGAUGGUGAAUCAGGAGAGCUUCCUACGCCAAAGGAUCACUAAAGCAAUUGACCAACUGAAGAAGAAGCGCAAUGAUACUCGGGAAAAUGAGAUAACGGAUAUCAUCUUCCAAAGUCCUACUAGGAAGUCCCUCUACCAACUCAACCUUAUUAAUCUCAACGAUUUGGGUUGGCUCAUCGAACAACACCUCAAAGAAAUCCAAAAGAACAUGGAAACACUCAGCAAGUCACCUCAGCCUCAGGAGAAAAUAGACAAAGGAGUGAUGAAGGGUCCUGAUGAGACUUUCAUCAAAUCGAAGAGGAUUCUACGGUGCAGACACUACCAGAAUAAUGGAUUG